AGAAUCUCUAUGUCCUAGAGUAUCCCUUGCAAGACAAGCAAGAGCUCUCGCCCAUGUUCGUUCAUCCUGAGCCGUAGAAAUCGAAAUGCCGGGUCUUUUAUGAUUGUCACUUCAUCCUAGGCCAGCCCUCGGGCAGCCUAAACAUCAUCGAACGAUGCUACAGACGGUCAUCGCCUCGAUAUCCCAGUACAAGUCUAUCCUGACAUUGAUUCUGGCGAUCAUCCUUCCUCGAGUCCUUCCUAGAUUACUGCCGUUCGUCCUCAGGCGGAGAGACAGUCCUCGGUCGCCGUCAGAGCCUUUGUCACUUACCUUCAAGGUCAUCGUUGGCCUGCACUCGCUCUAUCAAGUGUAUCGCCUUUUCCUACCACCUUUCGAUCUCUUCAAAGCCCAUCAUAUCCCUCUCCUGGCACCUCAAGAUAUCGUCCGCUCGAGACUCCUCGGUAGACGAGCUCGUGAUUCUGACCUGUCCACACUUGCAGACACUCAUCCCCUUCUCGAGCUGCUCCUGCAAAAGCUUGCGAAGCUUGAUGGGAGAUACCAAUAUUCUCGAUUUGGACACGAUACGAUCCUACGGUGCGUCUGGUGUACCGACUCUAUGGACUAUCUCUUGUUCUCACUUCCUUCCACCAUGUCACCGUUUAUCCUGAACGCCGUCCUGAUUGGCGUCUUGGGUAUUGAAAGCAUCGCGGGCAAGGGCGCCGCGCGGAGGGCCAAGACUUGGAGAUCGUUCUCCGGCUGGUCACUGGUCCUCGCCGCUGCAGCUGAAGUGGCCACUCGAUACUUUUGGACCGUACGAGCCGUCCAGGGCGAAUGCCCACACCUCUCACCUACCAUAAACACUAUUCGUACGCUCUUCCUUAUUCUGCUUCCAUUGCUGUACACAUUUCUCCCUCUUCCUCCUCUGAGUGCGUCGCCCCAAUCCCUCGUACCGCUCCUCUCGAAUACUCAGAACACACUACGACUCAGCGCUCUCGCCAGAUCGUCCCUCUCCCGAGACAGUAGAUUAUGGUCCCUUCAAGGACGACUGUCUGCAGAACAAUCACGGCUCGAAACAGCGACCAGAAACAACGAGCAAGUGAUCGAGGCAGUGCAGCACGCAGGCAUUGAGCAAGAGCAGAUCAGAACAGGCGCCCAGCGAUGGAUCACAGAUGGAUGGUCGAAUUUGAUCAAGAUAGACAGUGAUAGAUCAAGAUAGACAGUGAUAACUCUAAGAGUGCCAAGAAGUGAAUACUACAAUGUUUCUAUAGACACAACCAUGUAAAUCCAUGU